UUUAUUUAAUGUCAGUUAACGUUUUCGAGCCCGUUUGUAAACCACUGUCGGAAUGUUUACCUAACGGAGUUGUACUUCAUGUGGUCAAAUACAGACCUCGACGCCAACGCCAACGGUCUAAUAAGCACCGGUGAUGCUACUUUAGACAAACUGGUAUAUCAGUGGAUCAGCUGGGAUCAGAAUGCAGCAACACGGGCACAGAUUCAAAACCUGGUCCAGGAAACCCGUGUAGAAGAACUCAGGAGGAGGCUGUGCUCACGGAUGACUUUUGGAACUGCUGGACUAAGAGCAGCUAUGGGAGCCGGAUUUUCCCGUGUCAAUGAUCUCACUAUCAUCCAGUCAACACAGGGGAUGUAUGUAUACUUGACUAAAUGUUUUCCUGACCUGAGGACCAGAGGUUUGGUGGUUGGAUACGACACACGAGCACAAGAGUGCAGUGGCUGCACCAGUGAAAGGCUUGCAAGUUUGACUGCAGCAGUCAUGCUUAGUAAGAAUGUUCCAGUUUAUCUAUUUUCAACACAUGUGCCUACACCGUUUGUGCCCUAUGCACUGAAGAAGUUAGGAGCUGCUGCAGGUGUAAUGAUAACUGCAUCUCACAACAGAAAAGAGGAUAAUGGAUACAAGGUAUACUGGGAGAACGGUGCUCAGAUUUCUUCGCCACAUGAUAAGGAAAUCCUACGUUGUAUAGAACAAAAUGCAGAGCCCUGGGAUAAGUCUUGGAAUCAAGACCUGGUUAAGAGCAGCUCAUUAAGGACUGAUCCACUGAAAGAUGUUUGCUGCUGGUACAUGGAGGAGCUGAGUACUCUCUGCUUCCACAGAGAGCUCAACACACAGUCUAGCUUGAAGUUUAUACAUUCAUCCUUUCAUGGAGUUGGACAUGAGUAUGUCCAGGAGGCAUUUCGGGCAUUUGGCUUUCGGCCUCCAAUCCCUGUACCAGAGCAGAUGAAUCCAGAUCCAGACUUUUCUACUGUCAGUUGCCCUAAUCCUGAAGAGGGAGAGUCAGUUUUGGAGCUGUCUCUUAGACUGGCUGAGAGAGAGGGAGCUAGGAUUGUGCUGGCCACAGACCCUGAUGCUGAUCGCCUGGCUGUGGCAGAGCAGUGUGACAAAUGUGGCUGGAAUUUUUUUACUGGGAAUGAGUUGGCUGCAUUGCUGGGUUGGUGGAUGCUAUUAAACUGGAAGGAGACUCACCCAGAUCCAGCUGAGGUUGGCAGUGUAUACAUGCUGGCCACAGCAGUCUCCUCCAGAAUCCUCAAGACAAUGGCAGAGAUGGAGGGCUUUCAUUUUGAGGAAACUUUACCUGGCUUCAAAUGGAUUGGAAAUAAAAUCCACGAGUUAGCUAAAACAGGAAAGGACGUCAUAUUUUCCUUUGAGGAGUCCAUUGGCUUUCUGUGUGGGAGAAUGGUCCCUGACAAGGAUGGAGUUAGUGCUGCUGUAGUUGUUGCUGAGAUGGCAGUGUAUCUGCAUACAAAAAAUGUAACACUUAAACAACAACUUCUAAACAUCUAUGAAACUUAUGGAUACCACAUUUCAAGAACUUCUUAUGUUAUCUGCAAUGAUGCUCCAACUGUCAAGAGAAUAUUUUAUCGUUUACGCAACUUUGAAGGCGAGGCAGUUUACCCGAAGACGUGUGGUGGAUACAGCAUUGCACAUAUCAGAGAUGUGACUACAGGUUUUGACAGCAGCCAACCUGACAAAAAAUGUGUCCUACCUGUAUCCAAAAACAGCCAAAUGGUGACAUUCACAUUUCAGAAUGGUAUCAUUGCCACCCUUAGGACUAGUGGGACAGAACCCAAGAUCAAGUACUAUACAGAGUUCUGUGCACCACCUGGAAAAAGAGAUAUAUCAAGUCUUGAAGAAGAGUUAGCAAAUGUGACCUCUGCUCUGCUGGAGGAGUAUCUGGAGCCUGAGAAAAACAAUCUGAUCCUCAGAUCAGUAUAGCUAUGUAGUAGUUAUACUAGCUAUGUAGCAGUAUGUAGGAGCAAUUGGCCAGACAUAUUAUUUCAAUGCCUGGAAUGUUCUCUUAAUAUAAAACGAUUUUCAGCUUUGUUUAUUUUAUUGUUGUAAAGGUCUUGGGUCUUAGUUGAAACAGUCAACAAGCAUGGCUGUUUCUGCUAUUAUGAUUUAUGUAAUAUAACUGUUAAAUUGUCAUUCUGUUUAAAUAUAUCUUUGUUCAGUAAACCACAAGGCUUUAUCCCUGCCAUAACAUUUUAGUUAAUUAUGAGACACAAACAAAUCAUUUGUCCUGAAAUGAAAUGCUUUUCUGUAUUAUGAUGUGAUGUAACUGUGGUUGUGAUAACAACCUGGGUUAUUUGUUAUUCACAACUUGGUUCCUUUCACUGAAAUUAAAAUCAGAUUCUGCACGGA